AUGGAUUUGAUUGAAGAAGAGGGAAAUAAUGGUAGAAUAAAUAGAAUGCUUGAAUCAGUUUGCUGCGCACGGAGUACUUUUAGUUUCAAUAGGGAGGAAAUUCAGGAAGACCAAAAAAAUGUGGAUGAUCUUGCUGCACUUGAUAGCAAUAAUGUAGCUGUAUACAGUGCUACUGCGCUUGAGCAAGGUUUACUGAAACAGGUUGCAAGGACAUUUACUGAAAAUGUUGCUGUCUUGGAAACUGCGGUGCCACAGGAUGAAAAUUGUAGAGAAUUGCAGAAUUUUAUAGUUGAAAAUGCUCAGUCUACAUUUGUAAAACAUGGUGACAUGACUCCCUUUGAAGUGCUUGAUAAAGCACAGAUUGAUACUUCGGAAGUCGUAAUGGAAGAACCGGAAAUUGAUAAGAAGAGGAAGGCUAACAUCACAGCGGAAUUGGAAAGUAAUGAAUCAAUGAGUUCUACGUCCGAUAGCGAAUUUACUCAAAGCGAAGAUGAUGGAAGUACGUCGCCUGAAGUGGAACCUGUAGCAAAAAAGAAACAACGAAAAAUUGCAAAGACGAGAAAAGUUCGCGGGAAAGAACGAGACGACGCUGACGACGAUUACUUUAGGAAAAGAAUAAGGACUCACCUUGCUCGUUUGGAACUUUCAAAAAUCGAAAGCGGCGAAAACAAAUUGCAAGAAGAGAGUAAUUUUCACGAAUUGAAAAAUGACAUGAAAGUACCUAACGAUUGUUGGAAGAAGCUAUACAAAUAUCAAAAAACUGGCAUAAGAUGGUUGAACGAGUUGCAUAAUCAAUGUGUUGGUGGUAUUUUAGCUGAUGAGAUGGGUCUUGGGAAAACAGUUCAAGUGAUUUCAUUUCUGAGGGCACUAGCGUUUUCGCGUUUAGAAGAUAGAGGAUUCAAUUUUUCUGGCCUUGGUCCAGUGCUAAUCAUAUGUCCAACAACAUUGAUACAUCAGUGGUUGAAGGAAUUCCAUACGUGGUUCCCAUUAUGUCGUGUGGCUAUUUUGCAUAGUAGUGGUUCUUUCCAAGGUCGAAGUGCGCAGUUAAUUCAGAAAAUGGUUGUCCCGAGAAGUGAUGGCAUUGUUUUAUUAACGUCAUAUGGAACGUUUGCCAAAAAUCGAAAGCACCUGGUUGACAAAUUUUGGCAUUAUAUAAUACUUGAUGAAGGACAUAAAAUUAGAAACCCGGAAGCACAGAUUACUCUUGCCGUAAAGGAAAUACGUACUCCUCACAGAUUGAUUCUAAGUGGCUCGCCGUUGCAAAAUUCUCUUCGAGAAUUGUGGUCAUUGAUUGAUUUUGUUUAUCCUGGUCGGCUCGGUGAUUUGAAAUCAUUCAUGGAUAAAUUUUCGAUUCCAAUCACUCAAGGAGGAUAUGCAAAUGCUACUGCUGUCCAAGUGCGUACAGCUUAUAAAUGUGCCUGCAUUUUGAGAGAUGCGAUCAACCCUUAUCUGUUAAGACGUCUAAAAAAGGAUGUUGAAACGUCUAUUCAUUUACCUACAAAAACAGAACAGGUACUUUUUUGCAAUAUUACACCGUACCAAUAUAAACUUUAUAAAGAAUAUCUGUCAUCUCGUGAGUGUGGCCGCAUACUCUCCGGUAAAAUGGAUGCCUUCGUUGGUUUAAUCACAUUACGCAAAUUGUGCAAUCAUCCGGACCUUGUAACUGGUGGACCAAAUAAAUUUAAUGACUAUGAUGUCACUACCGAUGAGGAAAUGGUAUUUGGUGCACCUUGCAGAAGUGGCAAAAUGCAGGUACUCAAGGCUCUGCUUAAGUUGUGGCGACGGCAAGGUCAAAAAGUUCUGUUAUUUUCCCAGAGUCGACAAAUGCUGACGAUCCUUGAAAAAUUUGUGAUUCAUGAAGGAUACGAAUAUCUCCGAAUGGAUGGCACAAUAUCAGUUAGGAGCCGUCAAUCACUUAUUGAAAAAUUUAAUAAGGAUGGUGAAGUUUUCAUUUUCCUAUUAACUACUCGUGUCGGUGGGCUAGGAAUCAAUCUUACUGGUGCUAAUCGAGUAGUAAUUUUUGAUCCUGACUGGAACCCUUUUACUGAUAUUCAGGCACGCGAACGAGCAUGGCGUAUUGGACAAGAACGUGCCGUUACUAUAUAUAGAUUGUUAACUGGUGGCACCAUUGAAGAAAAAAUUUAUCAUAGGCAAAUUUUUAAAGUUUUUCUGUCAAACCGUAUAUUGGUUGAUCCGAGACAACGAAGAUUCUUCAAAACCAACGACUUGCAUGAAUUAUUCAGUUUAGGUGAUAGCAAAGUACUCAAAAAGGAAGGCACCGAAACAGCAGCAAUUUUAAGCGGCACCACAAAAAAUUUUACUCGGCAUAACUUCUUUGAUAAAAGUGAGAAAGAUCGCGAAAAAAAACAGAAGGAGAUGAAAGAGCGAAAAAGUCUUGAUACGAAGAUGAUAUCCGAUGAUAAUGAUGACGCGAAAACUUUUGUUGAGGAACAUUUGUCAGCUGAAAAAGUUAACGAAUUGCGAAAACUUGCUCGGAAAAUUAGCAGAUCAAUUGGUAAAAGAGCUGAAGGAAAAACAAAAAGUGGUGAAAGAGAAAGCGAAAGUAACAGACAAAGAAAUCAAACAGUUGGUGAAAGUUCAAAUAUUAAAAUUCCUUAUUUGGAAAAGAAACGACGUUAUAAGCAAGCGACGGAAGAAUUUUCUGGACAAGAUGACUAUGUACUUGGAAAAUUGCUGACAAAUGCGGGGAUUAUCUCAGCUCUUCAACAUGAUCAGAUUUUCAUGGCAGGUAUUGCAGACGAGCAGCUAAUUGAAGAUGAAGCAAAUGCUGUUGCUGCUAAAGCUGCGGCAUCAGUAAGACGUUCGAGAAGGACUCUUGCAAAAGAACCUCUCGAAAAACCAAGAUUCGGUUUACGGAAAGCUGCUGGAUUCCAGUCAGCUGUUGAAGAUAGUAAUGAUGACGCAGAAGAACCGAAUUUUAGUGGUGCAGCUCUGUUUAACGAAAAAAGUGGUGGAAGCUUGUUGAAUGCUAUUCGUCAGAGGAAGCAACGUACUUUGGAUAUCCAAGAAAUAGCGGAUGAAGAAGAUUCGGAAGAACACUAUCCUUCACUUUUGAAUGCAGCUGAGGCAUCAAAUUUGAAAAAAACUGGCAAAUAUGACAAAUUGGCGGAAGAUAUUCGUUUAUUUAUGGUUCAUAGGAAAGGACAAGCGUUGACAGACGAGAUUUUACAGGGCUUUAAGAAUCGUGUGUCAACUGAGGAUUCGUUUGCAUUUCGAUCCAUUUUGAAGCGUCUGUGUAAGUUACAGAAAAACUCAAACUUAUGGAUACUUAGGGAUGAAUAUCACUGA